GGUGAGGACUGGAGACUCUGGGAGGAAUUUGGUGGAGGUUUAACAUAAACCAGCUCAGUAAACUAACGGCCUGUUUGCUUGUGGUGGUUUUAACGCUGACAGACUUCAGUAUCUGACUGUGGAACAGCUCUGGACAGUCAGCAUGAUAACCCCAGCGUUCGAGCUGAGUCAAGACCCCGACUUCCUCACACUGGUUAUCCGCGUCCCCUACACACGAACGUCUGAGUUUGACAUCUACGUCGAUGGAGAGGACUUCAAGUUCUACGCCAAGCCUUAUUUCCUCAGGUUGACCCUGCCUGGACGAAUAGUGCAGGAUGGAAGAGAAAAGGCCUCGUUUGACAUUGACAAAGGUCUCUUCACGAUGCGUGUUCCUAAGGAGACAGCCGGAGAGCACUUUGAGGGGCUGCAGAUGCUGACCAGUCUUUUGGCACCCAAGGGUUCUAGGUCGGCCAAACCCCUGGUUGAGGACUUAGGGGCGUGUGGCGGGAGCGAGGCAGUUCAGGAGGGCGAAGAUGAAGAGGAGGAUUUUGACUGGCAGUUAGAGCAGGAGGCCUACGUGGAGUCUUCAGAAGACGACCUGAAGAAGCUGCAGAAAUACGGCUUCGGAAACCUCAGGACGGGCGUCUUCUCCAGACUUCAGGAGGAACUGUCGGAUGUGACUGAUGUCGAAGACCCAGAGAACUCCACUCCUGCUAUGCGGAGACGCAAUCGCUUGGACGCUGAGACCACCAUAUUUUGCGCUGAUCACUACCUGUGUGAUUUGUAUGAAGGCGAAGAGACGAGGAAAGUUCAUCUGAACUUCAAGCCGUGGUGGAGUGAGCUGAAGCCAGACUCUGAUCAGUCUGAAGCCACCGUAACUUUCACGGAUGAUGAAAAAGAACAGAUGAGAAAGUUCACGAACCGCUCCUACCCGCUGGAUAAAGCGACUCGAUACCAGGUUUGGCUCAGUCUAGUGGACAUCCUCCUCGCCUACGUCUACGACGUGCGCACCACGGAAGGAGAGCACAACGUGGAGUCAGCGUGGACCAUUAGAAAGCUCAGUGGAACUCUAAGCUGGCUGGAGACGUAUCACUCGGUGCAGGAGGUUCUGGUGUCUUUCGGGAGGCGGGUGUUGUGUUACCCGCUGUACCGCCACUUCUCUCUGAUCACCACCGCAGUGAAAGACGCCGCUCACAUUUUCCAGUGUGGUAAAGCCUGCGUCCUGAAAUGCCUGCUGGCCGUCCAUAAGAUCUUCAGAGAGAACGAGCCGGCCUACAUCCUCAACGACCUCUACAUCACAGACUAUUGCAUUUGGAUCCAGCGGGUUAAGUCCAAGCAUGUGGUCGCCCUGGCUGAUCCAUUGCGUAAAGCCAAGCUGCACAAGGACCACCUGGACCUGGAGCUGGCCAUUCUGGAAGAAGCUGCCGAACUCGUGAUCAAGGAGGAGGAGCAAGAGGAGGAGGAAACCUCCAGCAGCAGUAGUGAGGGAGAAGAGGAGGACUCCAGCAGCAGCAGCAGCAGCAGCAGUGAGGGAGAGGAGGAAGACAGCAGCGUCCCUCAGUUUAGAGAUACACAAGAGAGUGGAGGAGAGCCAGAAGGGGUUGGCUUUCAACCUGAGCCCAGCCCCGGUGCACUGAAGACGGAUGUGCCAGCCACAACCUCUCCCCUCCCCCAGGAUUCGAAAAGGCUGAUCCAGGAGCUGAGUGAGAGGAUGGAGGAGGGGCUGAGGAUUGAGGAGGACGUGCCUCAGACCUCCCACUCCUCCAGCAGUCGCAAGACAGAGAGUGAAGCAGAGGGACUUGGAGAGACGGAUGAGCCUGCAACUGCGGCUGGGGGAGAAACGGCAAAAGCAGCGACCGGCGGCGCUGUGUUAGAGACUCCGCCGCGUAAGAACCCUCUACGUAUCGUAGACGUUGGGGAACUGGACAGUGACGAUGAGGACGAACCAAAUCCCUGAGUGACAUGACGAGGAUCUAGGAAAAUUAAAUGGUCAUUAAUGGACUUUUUUUUGAUUCUUCUCUUGAACUUAUUCAAGCACUUUAAGGGAAUUGUUGGACAUCCUCUGCUUUUUUAUUUGACCCUUUUUCCGUUAUGUUUGCAUGGUUGAUUUGAAAAUGUACAUUAAAUGUUAACCAGUUUUCCAUCAAA